UGGUUCAAACAUGGCGACUCCUGCAUCUCCUUCCUCGUCACCGCGGAUACCUUCGCCUCCUCCGCUGGCUGAGGUACAGGAGCCUCCGACCUCUCCAGGCCUAGGAUCCUACGAGGACAACACCAACAUACUCGGCGCGAACAGCAUAGAUGCGGGAGCUGGGAGGAGAAUACGGCCAGGAACAAAGAGAGAAGACAUGGCAGAAGGUCCGCCAUUGGUAGAGCUGCAAGAGAUUGACUCCGCCUUCCAACUCACCGAACAUCUCAAAGCUCUGCACUACCACCACACGCAUCCUCCCUCGUCCACGACAGUCCACCCAAUAACCGCCUCCCUCGCGCGAGACUUCAGCCAUCCACCGCCCAACACAUCAAAAGAGAUCUGGCUCUACGAACUCGCCCGCUUUCUGAUCCAAAAGACCAACGCCAUCAUAGUCCACCUCUUCGCCGAUGACCCGCCAUGUAGUCCCGCAACCUGUCCCGAAAUGCGCGCCUCCGAAUGGCAGUACCUCUGCGCCGUCCACGAUCCUCCUAAGAGUUGCUCCGCGAUUGACUACUGCUGCCACACGCUCGACUGGGCGGCCACGUCGCUGACGAGCAGUAAGAUGUUUCCUUCGCGCUUAGGUCUCGGUUCGGGGAAUGUAGGAGGAGGAGGGAGUGAUAAGAUGCUCCAGCAGCAAAUGAAGGAGAUUACGAAUAUCUUCCGCCGGGUGUAUCGCAUUUAUGCGCACGCGUGGUUUCAGCAUCGAGACAUGUUUUGGAGAGUGGAGGAGUCGACGGGAUUGUACAUCUUCUUCAAGACGGUCUGCGACGAGUAUGGCAUGAUUCAGCCUGAGAACUACACGAUACCGUUAGAGGCGGAGGGGGGUGGACCGGCGACGGACGAUCAGGUGCAAGAGAGGGCUCCGCUACCGCCGAUGAUUUUGCGGCCCGAGGGCAGUGAAGGGAAGGGCGAGUCGGCGGGGAGCAAAGGACUGUCAAGGGGAGAUACGACAAAGAGACACACCAGGAUCCCGAGCAAUAUGGCUCCCCUAGCGACUGUGAUUCAAGAAGAGGCCGAAGACGAAGACGAGACCAAGCACUCUCUCGAUCGUCAAAUCACCGCUGUGACCGCGGAAAGUCUUACCAAGGACGACGCGAAAGACGAGCCAAAGCACGGCAACGCCCCGGAAGCAUUUCCCGAAUUCGAAACGGAGGUCUCUAACAAGGCCUUGAAGCAGGAGAACGAAUCUGCAUCGGAGCCCUCUAUCAUCGAAGUAACUCCUGUCGACAAUAAGGCUCAGGUUGACCCGGCAGAAGAUGAAGAAGACGCCGAUGUCACCGUCGUUGAAGCCGAACCUGAAGCCGAGCGGAACUCAUCCGGCGUGGAGAUCAAAGUCGAAGCUGUGGAGGUGGAAGAUGAGGAGUCGGUGGAAACUGCUCCGGGGGUUGUCGCUGAUCCAGAGGCUAAGGCAGGGGACGCUGCCGAGGCGGGGAAGAGUGUUGCGGAUUGA